AUGACUGAAAAUUAUUGUUUCUCAUGCAUUGGGUACUACGCUCUCAUACCCCUUGUGGUUUAUGCGUUGGCUUGGAUUAUCGAUAAUUAUAAUCACCGUCAAAAACUGAAAGUACUGGUCAAACAACGAGCAGCUGAUCGGAAAGUCAACUUCGAGUGGGCUAAAAACAAUUUCGAAAAACUCGAUGAGCGCCGUGCCGCCGAGAUCACCGCCAAAGAGUUCGAGGAAUUGAAAAAUUCGUUGCAAAAUGGAGAAAUCGGACCAGUGGAAACAGUGAGAGCAUUCCAGCGGAAAGCAUUUGAGGCUACUGAAAAGACUAACUGUGUUUGUCUUUUUAUUCAGGACGCAAUGGAAACCGCCGAACACCUCGAAGACCUCGCUAAAGACCCGUCCUACCAAAAACCUCCACUUUUCGGUGUCCCCGUCUCCAUCAAAGAGUCGAUUCACGUCAAAAAUAUGGAUUCGACUCUCGGAUACUCUCAAAACAUCAAUAAACCAUCUGAAUCCAAUUCGCUAUCCGUAGAUCAAUUAAUCCGUCUUGGCGCCAUUCCAUUCGUCCAUACCAAUUUACCGAUUGCACUUUUGAGUUAUGGAUGCUCCAAUCCGGUCUAUGGUACCACUUCGAAUCCGUUGGAUACGUCGAGAGUUCCCGGUGGCUCAUCAGGUGGUGAGUCUGCUCUCGUUGCUCUUGGUGGAAGUGUCUUGGGAAUUGGCACAGAUGUUGGUGGAUCCAUCAGAACUCCGGCGUCAUUUUGUGGAAUCGCUGGGUUCAAGAGUUCAUCGGAUCGGACACCUCAGUUGGGAAAGACUGCUUCGAUUCCUGGCCGCCAACUUCUCCUCUCCGUCGAAGGUCCCUUGGCCAAGAAUAUCGAUGUUUGUACCGAAUAUCUUCGCUUAAAAUGGAAUGACGCCGUGUUAUUCGAGAAAGAUGUCUACCUACCGCCCGUCAGAUUCCAGGAAUCUCAAUACACAUCGAAAGAGCCUCUCCGGAUUGGUUUCUACACAAACGACGGCUAUCAGAGGGCGUCUCCAGCUUACGAGAGAGCCGUCAGGGAGACGGUCGACGUUUUGAAGGAUUUGGGUCACACCCUUGUGGAGUUUGAAGUCCCCCAACCGGAUCAUAUGUACAGUAUCUUCUGCGCCGGAGCCACUGCAGAUGGAGGACACUUUUUGAUGAAUUCCUUGGCUAAUGACAUCAUCCCUCCGGAGGCUAACAUUGGAUUUCCGGUCGCCCGACUCCCACACUUCAUUCAACGCAUUUUGAGAAGAUACUGGCCGAAUCGAAGGGAACGACAGAUCAUUCAGGAGCUGCCACAUGACACGGAAGAAAUGCGAAAAAUGCACGAAAAAAUCGAGGACUACCGUCACGAGUUUGUCCUAUCCAUGCGUGCCAAACGUCUCGACGCCAUCGUCUGUCCAUCGUUCGGAUGUCCGCCACCCCAUCACGGUGUCCCAAAUAAGUUACUCUCCGCCUCCUCCUACACGGCCCUCUACAAUUUGAUCGAUUUCGCCGCGGGUACUGUACCGGUUACUGUACACAACGCGGCGGAUGAGAUCGAGUUGAGAAAGAUGAAGACCGAGGACUCGUGGGACCGCAAGAUCGUGUCGGAAUCAAAGAAUUGUGACGGGUUGCCGGUGGCCGUCCAAAUUGCCGCACCGCCGUUUAGAGAAGAAAUGUGUUUGAGACUUUUGAAAGAGGUGGAGACCAAGAUUGGUCUGUAUCAUCGUAGACAUUAA